AUGCUCAAUAUGCUCUCCUACCUACGGCUGUUGGACAUAUCAGAGAACUACUUUACCUCUGGUGGGAUUGGCAAAGUUUCGGAUUCUAUGAAGGGGAUGGAGGGCAUAACGUCAGUGCUGGUCAAUGAUGAGAUCAUCACAGCGAAUUCGGGUGUUCAGACUAGAGUCCAG